AGUAUUAUAACGUGUUAAAUAUUCAAUAGUUUUUGAUGUUUACGUUCACUUGGUACGCAGCGUAGUAUUAUUCUUGGGAAGUGCAAUGGCCAAUGUUAAAAGAGGAACGAAGGAUUCACAAUUCAAGUUCGGAGGGGCUCAGUCUAGGUCAGUAGAGUGUUAGACUCGAAUGUAUCACCAGGUCAAUGUGCUUAACACGAAAAUCACGACGUUAUGACUUUGAUAUUAUCAAAAUACUUAUUUUGUUUUGUAACUAUUUCUCAAAUAUCAAGAUAUGAUGCUGUGGUUCAUCAACUUCAAUCACACUCGCCAACAGAUUCAGAUAAUUCCGGUCAAGAACCGUCAGAAGGGUAUUAUGCUUUUAUUGAAGCUUCGCGAAUGGAGCCACCACAAGUCCGACCUCCUCCUUAUUUUAAAUCGACAAAAUUAUGCCCAGGAGUUAAUAAAAAUCCAUCGGCUAAAACUUUAAAUAACUUGUGUGGCGAUCUUAAUAAAGGAUUUCUACCAUUAAAUCCAAUGAAACAAAAUGUGCUAGGCUCACCAUAUCCAUUUGAACUCGUGAAGAAUAAGACGUUGGAGUUUUUUAGUAAAACUUUACCAAUCCUGAAGGCUGAUGAAACGAUACCAAAAGUAGCAAAAUAUGUACCACCUGAAACUUAUUACCACAGUAGUAGUACUACAACACAAAAAUAUUUACAAGGUAAGCCUUUUCGACGAAGAGCAAGAUCGAGUUCUUUAGACGACGUGAAUAUGGAUGAAGAUAACGAAAAUAUUCAAUCAAAAAACAGUACUAGGCACUCGAGGAAAUUCUGUGAUAAUAGCAGCGGAGUAUUGUGCUUGUUAUACAAAGCUAUCCAAGGACAGGCUUUGUCUGGGUUGUUAGCUCAACGACGAACUGAACAGUUAGAGUACAGAACUCGAGACACUGGUAACGUACCUCAAGCAAUCAUGGAUGGUCCACCAACACCUUGUCCAGCAAAAGUUGAAUAUGCUACACCAGUGUUUGCACGAAAUUAUCAAGGAAUGUGGCGAUAUGUAGUACAAAUACCAUACGAAGGAUAUUUUACACAAACUGUUGAAGUUACGAAAUGCACACAAUCAAAAUGUCAUUAUAUUGACGGGGGAUGUUUGUCAUCCCCAAGAUGGGUCAGUUUACUUGUAGCAGAAGUUUAUUACCCAGACACAUAUUUACCAUCUGUUUCUAAUAAUGUACGACGAUCGCCAUCAAUGAGUUCCCCAACCCAAGGUUUGCAUAGAAAUUCUGAUGAACCUCCUCCCGUUCAAGAUUUUCAGAAUUUCCAACAAUAUUUACAAAAGCGCACUACUCAAAGUGUGGGAGACAACAGUGCAUCGUCUUCACAAGGAUCAAAUACAAUACUAAAGAAAAAGUCUCAUUGCGAUGGUAUAGACGAACUUGGUUGUUUUCAGGUGAGACUUUACUAUGAUUGGUUUUUGGUUCCUGGGAGUUGUAAAUGCUGGAGACCCGACUAUUUCUCUAAAUAUAUAAAAAGAAAAUCUAAUUCUCCUGAAUUGUAAAUAAAGAAAUAUUUAAAAAAAUAUCUUUCUAAUCAUAAAGUAAAUUUUGGUUGAUUCCACGACUUUAUUGUGUCAACUAGGCAUUACAUAUCUAUCUGUGUGUGGUAACCAUUAAUAAAUGAUAAAUUACUGUCAUAUUAAACAUUUUCAAUAUUUUACACGUACUACAUGCAGAUAAACUUUAGUAUGCUCUAUUAGAAUAUUAUAUGUUUUUUUUUUGUUAUAACUUUUAAAUUAAGUGUAAAAUGAAUAUUUUAACUAUUUUUAUUGAUGUUUAGAAAUUUAAGAACUGUAAAUAACAUAUUUUACUAUAAUUAUAAAUUUUUAGUUAAGACUUAGAAAAAUCUAUUAAUUUAAUAUCUUCCAUAUUUUAUAUUGUAUUGGUCGGCGUUAUAAAAAAUUUUAGGAGGAAUUUAAUACUCAACCAAUCCCAUAUUUUAAUUUCUUUUUCUAGAUAUUUUAAAAUUAAAAUAAAAAAGUUAUUUAAUAAUAAAAAUUUAUUUAAUUUUUAUAAUUAGAAAAAACGAUAGAGAGUGUUCAUUUAGGAAACAGGUCAUUUGUUAUAAAAAUGAGAACAAUAGAAAUCCGUUUCCUUACUUACUAAACACUCUUUAUAAUAUACACCUUCCUACAAUUAUUUUUAGUGUCGACCCUGUUUGCUAGUCCAUUGAAUUUUAUUCACGAUUUUAUUUAUUGUUUAAUGAUUAUUUUAGUACUUUUAUUUAAAACUAGCGAAUAGAUUUAAAUGCAUAAAUAUUUUAUAUACUAUUCGUCAUAUAUUUUCAUUAAACUAUAACUAUAAUAACUACAUAUAUAAUCAUCGUUAUUGUUAAUAUUAUAGUUAUAGUUUGAUUUUAUUACUUUUACUAAUUAAAUUUUAUUUAAAUUUAUCGUUUUAUUUAAAUUUUUUAUUGUUAUUUCACUAGCUUAAAUAUUAUGUUAUUUUUUUCUAUGAUUUGAGUAAAAAAACGUAUUUACAUAAAGCUGUGAGGGUGUUAUUUUCAACUAAAUAUUUCUUAUUAAUUAGUGUAGGUCUCUUCAAACAAGAUAUGUUAUUAACAUUGUUUUUAAUAGUGUUCGGGAGUAUUGAAGUAUGAAAUUUUCUAGAGACUGUAGUUUAUUUGACUUUUUGUUGUUGACAUUAAAAUAAAAUACAAAAGCAG